AUGGAUUCUUUAUUGAGAAGUUUUAAUCGAAAGAAGAUCGUUGAUCCAAGCACAUUAACCAGCACCGAACUAAACCGCUGUUUAUCAAUAUUUGACCUGACUGUGCUCGGCAUCGGAAGCACUCUAGGUGCAGGUAUAUAUGUUUUAGCCGGAGACGUCGCGAGGCAUGACACCGGUCCAAGCAUAGUUCUCUCAUUUUUAAUCGCUGCUAUCGCCUCGAUUCUUUCUGGGUUGUGCUACGGCGAAUUUGGUGCCCGCGUCCCCAAAGCCGGCUCAGCGUAUGUGUACAGUUACGUUACAAUCGGCGAACUGUGCGCUUUUGUGAUCGGCUGGAACUUACUUCUAGAAUAUGUGAUCGGAACAUCGUCAGUCGCUAGAGCCUGGAGCUCGUAUUUUGAUUCCCUCUUUGAUGGUGCAAUUAAGAACUUUACGAUCUCAACGAUCGGAGAAAUGCACGCUUCAGGCAUUGCAGAAUACCCCGAUGUUCUAUCAGUUCUUGUGGUUCUAAUUUUGACCACCGUUUUAGCUGUGGGAAUCAAGAAAACUUCAUGGUUCAAUACGUUGUUCACUGGCAUUAAUUUAUUCGUUAUUCUGUUUAUAAUAUGUGUGGGUGCAUUUUACGCCCGACCCAAGAACUGGUCGAGCAGUUUUAUGCCUUACGGAAUGUCUGGUGUGAUGACUGGGGCAGCCACUUGCUUCUAUGCCUUUGUUGGCUUUGAUGUGAUUGCAACCACCGGAGAGGAAGCAAGGAACCCCAGUAGAGCUAUCCCAAUCUCCAUUGUUCUCGCUCUUGGUAAGUAACUAUAUUGAAUUGUGAUAAAUGCAUUUUUUUAUCUUGCAGAUCUUGUGCAGAUCAAUUACAAAUCCCAUUCUCUGGCAAUUCCAAAAGUUCAUUCGUUACAGUACCCUGGGUGCCAGAGGGUUUUUUUUUUCCUGUUGUUGGCAGCGAAAAUUGAGCGGCGAAAUUUUCGCUGCCAACGUAUCGUUUUAGAGACAUGCUUUCGAAACGGUUGUUCAUUUGCCGUCAUGGACCUUUCUUAUACGCUAUAUCUAUUUGUUUCUGUUUUUAUCAUCAUUCUGCCUCUUAAUUUCCGGCCUUGUCCCAGAGGUUUUAGCCUGGCUGUUGUCGUUUGAAGAGGAACUGAGAAGCAUCAUCUCAGUCUGUCAUCUACCUGAAAGGCCAUUCCCAUCUCCCGACCGACCCAUACUUUUUUUUUUAGGAAAACUGAGAAUACACUGUCUGAUAAGCCCAAUUUUCAGGGGAAAACUGAGAAAAAAUAAAAACAACAACAAACUGUCUGAGACUAUUUUAAGCAUUUUGGGAAUUUUAUCUUUUCAUCCCAGCAAGAGAUGGAAACGAGCAACCUCUGCAACCUGACUUACUGGGAAGUUUCGCACAAUUCAGAUCUUUUUUUAUUCUAGACUUCAAAUCCCCUCUGACAGAGAGAAUGAGGAUCAUUUCUUCAUCUCCCAGCCAGCAAAAAUUUGCCAGAUAUUUUGAGGAACAGAUCCAUUGGGUGCCCUGAAUUUUAUUUUUCAAAGAAACAUCCGAUUUUCUAGAGAGAAUUAGAUCAUUCUCUUUGUCAUUAAAACUAUAGAGAAAAAAAAAGACAAGCGAAAGUACACGUAGACUGCAAGGAAGGCCGGAAGCGCAUGACAUGCCCUACGGGCUUGUGAGGCUCGCGCGCUUCGUUUGAAACUCUCUCACGGAAAAUUUUGUUUUGCAGUCUAAAGUACAAGUAAAACAUUAUAAAACCACGCCUCCAGGCUUUUACUAGACUCAGGCUUCCUCGGUUAAUUUUCUUGUCAGUUCUUUUUUCCUUUGGAAACGAUAAGCAUAUUUAUGAGGAUGCAUGGCCUCAAAAGAUUUCAAGUGAUUCAUCCGUAUCCAAAGCAUCAAAGCAUAUCGAGCCGAAGCUUUGUUUACUUAUCCUUCAGACGUUAUGGUCUUAUAGAUACUUUUUAAUGUGGUCUUGUAGUAUUCUUGUGAAUCUUGAAUAAUACUGUAACCGAAGGGCCGCGACAAUCUGGCCGUUUUUACUAGGUUUUCAGUUAAGCUAUCACCAAGUUUCUUAAACUUGACCCAAUAGAACAAUAGAAUGUGGUCUUAUCUACAAGGUGUUUGUAUAAACGGAGCACUUGGUGAUGAGGAGAGGAUAACCUGCGUUCAGACAUUCUUACUUCCCUUUUUUUCGAGGGAAAGCCACGAUGUGAAGCUUACCAAUAAUUUAUCUGGAAUUUUCAAUUCAUACAGUUUUCUGUUUCCUGGCUUACUUCGGCGUGUCUGCAGUCCUAACGCUGAUGUGGCCCUCCAGUGACCUUCCUGUUGAUGGAACUUUACCUAAUGUGUUUGCUUUGAGAGGAGCCCCUUGGGCCAAAUAUGUGAUUGCUGUCGGAGCCCUGUGUGGAUUGACAUCAUCUUUACUUGGAGCACUCCUUCCAUUACCCAGAAUGCUGUAUUCCAUGGCUAGCGACGGUCUCAUUUUCAAGUGAGCUUUAAAUGAACUUUUCAUGUAAGGUCCAUAAACUCGGCCCGGGGUCUAACUCUGUGACCACUUCAGUAAAAACGAUACAGUUCUUUUGCGUUGUUUCCUAUGCCGUAGAGUUUCGCUGUAACUAAAAACCCUACAGUGCGAAAAGUCAAAGCAACCUCGAUUUCCUUGUUCCUCUGACGAAGCACUGGUUACUAUGCACUGUUAUAGGUUGUUGAGAAAAUUAUUGAAAAAAAAUUGGUAAGGGCUAGUGGUACUUUGACAUUUUAUAGUUGAACUCCGUUAAUUUGAGAUAGUCAGAACUCACUGUUUGUUUGUAGAAGAACUCCCAAACUAGGGAUGAAAGUUAAGCUAUAUGAGCUCAAAAACUUUGCCUGAUGUGUAUGGAGACAACGGAUAGCCAAUAACUCCACCAACAUUCAGGGUUCCAACUUGCUUCGCGAACGGUGAUUCCAUUCAUUUCAGCCCUCAGGGAAACCAAUCAGCGUAGAAAUAGACUCAGCACAGGGGCCGCAAAACACAGGUUUCGAACCUUUUCCAAGACUUUCUCCAACCACCAUAAGCGUGACCAACAUCAUGUAAGGCUUCCAAUCAUCACAAUCACGCGUGUUUUCGAACCAUCUUGCAACACACGUCAGGGCCAAAAUAGGAAGCUAUUUAGUUUAUAUUUAGUCUAUCUAAGUACUUAUUGUUUCUGUUGAUAACGCACUCUUAUUUUUCAGAUUCCUUGCCAAGGUUAAUCCCAGAACGGAAAUCCCAAUGAUUGCUACAGUGAUAUCAGGCGUAUUCUCGGCGAUUCUGGCUUUCAUUUUCAACCUUCAUGAUUUAGUUGAGAUGAUGUCGAUUGGAACUCUUCUGGCCUAUACCAUGGUAGCUGUGUGUGUGUUGGUUCUUAGGUAUCAGCCAGACACAAUAGGCCUCAUCAAAGAAAACAGCUCGAGCUUGAGUUCACAUUUAGCGGAGAAAGACAUUUCCGAGGAAGAUACCCCGCUGUUAGGAGUGCUGUUACGAGAUACCCGCAAGCCAUCGCGUAAAACGGCUUUGUUAGCGCUAAUUGCCACAGUUGUUAGCUGCAUUGGUUUUGCAGGUGUUUGCGCGCUGAUUAUUUGGGCUUCGCAUGCCUUGUUGCAGGCGAGCUGGUGGGCCAUUUUAAUGAUGGUUCUAGUAGGCGUGGCAGCUAUUGGCUCUAUGGUUGUACUCCUUUUGUUACCCCAGAAUAAGACGCCCCUACCGUUUAAGGUCCCCUUCGUUCCUCUGCUGCCUCUCCUGUCAGUGUUCAUCAACUUAUUCCUGAUUUUGAAGCUCUCUUAUUUGACCUGGAUACGAUUUGCUGUUUGGAUGGUGAUUGGUGAGUACUUUGACCGUUAAAACGAAGACUUGUGCGUAUAUUAUUGUUGUAUUAUAGGUUAGGAGUAGAUUUGGUUAGAUUAGUCGGAGAGAGUGUAGGAAGGUACAAAAAGCAGCGAGUUUAACAGGACCAGGUUGUCAAAAGCGUUCAAAGCUUAGGCAACAGUAUGGAAAAGACUGUCCUAAUGUACGCAAAACAAAAACGCGAAUUCAGUUUUCUUCGUUAUGUCGGUAAAAAUAAGCUACUUUGGUUUUGCAACGCAUGAGUCAGUCGAUACUUCUAUUGUCUUCAGUUGCGAGUGGCAUUUGCAGUUGUAAUUUCAUUGUGCACCGAGAGUUGAACUGCACGCCGUGAGUUUUAUGGGACGGGGAAUUUAAUGGCAAUUGAGGGGACAGGUGAGGGGUAACAGCCCCGGAAUCAGCGAAUUCCAAAGCUGCGCCCCCCUAAAAACGCCGGUACUGCAUGAUAUAUUGCUGUUUUUGAAAGGACAACUUGUGUAAACCUUUUUCUCUGUUUUUCUAGGCUUGUCUAUUUACCUGUUUUAUGGUCUACGACACAGCGUAGAGAAAGAAAGACAAGACGAACAGCACACAGAAAAAAGCCAGCCGACUUGAGAGCUGUCAGUGUCGAUGAUGGUUUGUCAAGUAGUCGGGAAGUUUUUUUCCAACCUGGAGGAGCACAUUACAUAGUAACUGUCAACAACUGUUAAAAAUGAAAAAAAGUGAAAGAAUAUAGUGCACUUGAUUAUGAACAUACGUCAGGUACUCGUCACGUCAUGUACUUUCGUUCAGUUAACCUUGGCCUUGCGUAACGACACGUCAUUGUCACGGACAUCUCGAUAAUAGAGAGCUUAAGCAACAACGACGGCAACGGCUACGAAAACGUCAGUUAAAAAAUGAAUUCGCGCUUUAUCGCGCUUAUUCCAUCUCGUUUAAUUUAUCAUAUGUGGGCAAAUUGUUUUGGAGUGGAAUUCUGAAGGACUGUGUCAAAGUUCAGGAAAAGAAACAGAAAGUUGUCUUGAGUUUACGUCCUCGACAAAACGUGAAAUUAAGCAUUUUAACGUUGUAGUCGUGCAACGACGGCUAAGAAAUGUACAAAAGAGCAUGAUGCACGUGUAAGGUUGUUGUUUUGCGAUUCUAAACCUAUUGCCUUUUUGCCGUUUCCGUUGCCGUCGCCGUCGUCGUUGCUUGAGCGCCCUAAUAAGGAAAGCAGCUACACCACAGAAGUUUGACUAAACUGGGCUCUGGGGCCCGUUUCUCGAAAGUCCCGGUAACUUUUCGGGCCCGAAAUCAAAUAUUCAAAUCGAAAUAUAAAGAAUAAGAGCGCGG